AUGGAGGAGGAGAAGAAGACGAAGCUCUGCUUCUCCAUCCCCUCGAAGCCCAAGGUCAAGCCCGCCACGCCCCCCGCCGCCUUCUCCGUCGCCGCCGUUGCCCCCGCCCCCGCCGCGCCCGCCGUCAUCGCGCCCGUUCCCGACUCCCGCAAACCCUCCCUAGCUGCUGCUGCGCCGGCCGCGCCCAUCGUCAUCGCGCCCCUUCCCAACACGCGCAGGCUCGCCGAGGCCCCCGCCUUCGUGCUCGGCGCCUCCAGCAGCCCCUCCUCCAGCGCAGCCUACGGCCUCACUGUCCGCAACACGGAGUCGAAGAGGAAGCUUGAUCCCCAGGACGAUGCUGCCAGGGAGCAGCCGCCGCCUCCAGGCCCUAGCGGCGAGGACCUGAUGCUGCGGCGGUUCAAGGAGGACAUGGCCGUUCUCCCGGAGAUCCAGGGUACCGACGAGUAUGACGAGGUGCCUGUGGAGGGCUUCGGCGCUGCUCUCCUCGCUGGCUAUGGCUGGAAGGAAGGGGAUUUUAUUGGAAAGAAAUACAAGGGCAUGGGCGAUGUCAAGGUUCGUGAGCACGGCCGCCGCCGCUGCGGCACACAGGGUCUAGGCUCGUAA